UGCUGGUCUUCUUGUUUCCAAAAAUGCGGUCUACUACAGCUGUUGCUCCCAAACUGGUCUUCUUUGAGUUCUUUCUCGCACCCCGGCCGGCCCUUUCUCGUUUGCGUCUUUUUGGGCUGACGCUGUCCCUUUUCGAACCUCGAGUCCCCCUAAACAAAAUCUCUCUCUCCCUCCCUCUUCACGCUUCUCCCAAACUGUAAUAUUUUUGAUUGAGAUGCAUCCGUUUCCGUUUCAUCAUUAGUUUAAUUUAAUUAACGGCGAUCAGAGAGAGAGAGAGAGAGAUGAGUGGGCGAGGCCCAUGCUUCGCUUUGUCCGCUAAUGGUCCGGCCCCUCACCUCACCUCACCUCACCGUCGUGGGCUCGUGGCGUCGUCUAUCUCGGCCAACCAGGCCACCAGCUAGCUGCUGCCAGGUCCGUCCGGCGAUGGGCAAGGCGGCGCGCUGGUUCCGCAGCUUCCUGGGCGGCAAGAAGGAGCAGCAGGCCACCAAAGAUCACCGGCGGCGCCAGCAGCAGCAGCAGCAGGACCAGCCUCCUCCUCCUCCGCCUCCGCCGGCCACCACCGCCAAGCGCUGGAGCUUCGGCAAGUCGUCGCGGGACUCGGCCGAGGCGGCCGCGGCCGUCGUCUCGGCCGGCGCGGGCAACGCGGCGAUCGCGCGCGCCGCGGAGGCCGCCUGGCUCAGGUCCGCCGCGUGCGCCGAGACGGACCGCGAGCGGGAGCAGAGCAAGCACGCCAUCGCCGUGGCCGCCGCCACCGCCGCCGCGGCCGACGCGGCGGUCGCCGCGGCGCAGGCGGCCGUCGCCGUCGUCCGACUCACAAACAAGGGACGCGCGCCGCCCGGCGUCCUCGCCACCGCUGGAGGAGGACGCGCCGCCGCCGCCGCCGUCAGGAUCCAGACGGCGUUCCGAGGAUUCUUGGCGAAGAAGGCGUUGCGCGCGCUCAAGGCGCUCGUGAAGCUGCAGGCGCUGGUGCGCGGCUACCUCGUGCGCAGGCAGGCGGCCGCCACGCUGCAGAGCAUGCAGGCGCUCGUCCGCGCGCAGGCCGCCGUGCGCGCCAGGCGCGCCGCCGCCGCCGCGCUCUCGCAGUCGCACCUCCACCACCACCACCACCCGCCGCCCGUCCGUCCGCGCUACUCGCUGGUACAGACGACGACGGACCACGCCUUCCAUUCACUACUCGUUCGUUCGUUCGUUCGUUCGUUCGUUCGUACGUUCAUGCUUACACUCUACUGUUUCUUGACGCGCGUCCGACUCCGGCGUGCAGCAAGAGCGGUACGCGGACGACACGCGGAGCGAGCACGGGGUGGCGGCGUACAGCAGCCGGCGGCUGUCGGCGAGCGUCGAGUCCUCGUCGUACGGCGGCUACGACCGGAGCCCCAAGAUCGUGGAGGUGGACCCGGGCCGCCCCAAGUCGCGCUCGUCGUCCUCGCGCCGGGCCAGCUCACCGCUGCUCGACGCCGCCGGCGGCAGCAGCGGCGGCGAGGACUGGUGCGCCGCCAACCCCGCGUCGUCGUCGCCGCUGCCGUGCUACCUGUCCGCCGCCGGCGGACCGCCGCGCAUCGCCGUGCCGACCUCGCGCCAGUUCCCGGACUACGACUGGUGCGCGCUCGAGAAGGCCCGCCCGGCCACGGCGCAGAGCACGCCGCGGUACCUGCUGCCGGCCACCCCGACGAAGUCCGUCGCGGGAAACUCGCCGUCGCUGCACGGGUGCCCGAACUACAUGUCGAGCACGCAGGCGUCGGAGGCCAAGGUGCGGUCCCAGAGCGCGCCCAAGCAGCGGCCCGAGCUCGCCUGCUGCGCCGGCGGCGGCGGCGGGGGAGCGCGGAAGCGGGUGCCGCUCAGCGAGGUGGUGGUCGUGGAGUCGUCCCGCGCCAGCCUGAGCGGCGUCGUGGGCAUGCAGCGCGGGUGCGGCGGCGCCCGGGCGCAGGAGGCGUUCAGCUUCAGGGCAGCCGUCGUUGGCCGCAUGGACCGCUCGUUGGAGGUUGCCGGUAUCGAGAACGACCGGCAGGCGUUCUUGCAGAGGAGGUGGUGACUGGUGACCACCGAUCAGCAAGCUCCAUUGGAAAUGCCAACAAGACGACGAGAGCUUUGGAGGAGUAAUUAGCAAUAAGAAUGCGUUUUCAUGUGUUCUUGCGAGUUCUCGUCCUUUUUUUUUUCUUUUUCUUGGUUUUGUUUUUGCAAUGUGAUCAAUCAUGCGACUAGUGUUUUUUUUCCUUUUUCUUUUCUUUUAUCAGUGGCCAACAAAGUGUAUGAGGAAAAUUUGAUUCAUACUGCACUUGGCAUGUAAAUUCUUGAUCUUAUUAUUCAUGCUGUUCUUGAAUUGUGUUUUUAA